ACAAAGCGCAAAAAGAGUAGAGUAGCAAAAUUUUAGCUCAGUUUGUACACCUGUUGCCAUUUCACUACUGCAUGAAGAAAGGUUGCCACUGUGCUAGGACAAGUGAGUGUCACUUUCAUUUUGUGCUUUUAGAGAAUGUGGAAAAAUAAAUGCAACGUAAAGCCAGGUCAACGUGUACUUCAGAAGAGAGGACACUGGGGCAGCAAGGUGGAGUUUCUUCUGGCAGUUGCCGGGAACAUUGUGGGCCUGGGCAAUGUGUGGCGGUUUCCCUACUUAUGCUACAAAAACGGGGGCGGUGCAUUCCUGAUGCCAUAUCUGGUGUUUGCGGUGACGUGCGGUGUACCGCUCUUCCUUUUGGAGACCACCAUGGGCCAGCACACCCAAGAGGGAGCCAUCACCUGCUGGAGAAAGCUGUGUCCACUGGCUGAAGGCAUCGGUUAUGGGGGUCAGCUGAUAAUGCUGUACAGCUUCAUGACUUACAUGAUUAUUCUUGCCUGGGCCCUGCUCUACCUGGUGUUCUCCUUCAACUCGCCACUGCCCUGGAGCACCUGUGAUAACUACUGGAACACUGCGGAUUGUGUUGAUGUUACAACUUGGAACCUAACCCUAACCCAUACCAACCGUACCAAUGGAUCCUCCGCCGAAGUAGAAUUCUGGGAACGUCGCGUGUUGAAAAUCUCAGGGGGCAUUGAGGAGAUUGGCAGCAUCAGGUGGGAGGUGCUUCUGUGCCUCCUGGCUAUGUGGGUCAUUAGUUACUUCUGCAUCUGGAAAGGCAUAAAAUCAACUGGAAAGGUGGUGUAUUUCACUGCCACUUUCCCUUACGUGAUGCUACUCGUUCUUUUGAUCCGGGGACUCACUCUUCCAGGAGCCAGACAAGGAGUCGAGUUCUACCUUCUGCCUGAGGUGUCACGACUCGCAGACCCUCAAGUGUGGAUGGAGGCCUGCUCGCAGAUUUUCUUUUCGUAUAGCAUCGGUGUGGGCGGCCUGACUGUACUGGGCAGCUACAACACUCAAAGCAACAAUUGCUACAAAGACAGCUUGUGGCUGUGUUUGCUGAACAGUUGUACAAGUUUGGUAGCUGGCUUUGCUGUCUUCUCGGUGCUGGGUUUCAUGGCUCACCAGCAAGGUGUUCCUGUUGCAGACGUGGCCGAGUCAGGUCCAGGUUUGGCAUUCAUUACAUACCCUCAAGCGGUGGCCAUGUUGCCACUGCCUAAUGUUUGGUCCGUCUGCUUCUUUGUCAUGAUCAUCCUCUUGGGCCUGGAUACGCAGUUUGUCGGCAUUGAGGCGGUGAUCACAUCCUUCUCAGACGUAUUUCCCAGACUAUUGCGUCGGCCGGGCAGACGGGAAGGUUUCCUCCUGCUCUUCUGCCUAACGUGUUUCUUCUUGCAGCUCGUCAUGAUCACUGAGGGAGGAAUGUACGUCUUCCAGAUUUUUGAUUACUACGCUUGCAAUGGAACAUGCCUCCUCUUUCUUUGUGUGUUUCAAAUCAUGGCUGUGGGCUGGAUAUUCGGAGCAGAGCGGCUGUGCAGCAUUAUCACAGAUAUGACAGGUGAGCGUGUCAACCCGUUCUUCAAAAUCUGCUGGCGCUACCUGACCCCCUUGGUGACAUUGGGCUCUUUUGUAUAUUCUCUAGUUGAAUACCAGCCCCUGACAUUUAACCGCUGGUACGUGUACCCCACCUGGGCUUACGUAUCGGGCUGGAUGAUGGCCCUGUCCUCCAUCCUUCUGGUGCCAGGCUGGGCGCUGUACAAGUUAAGCACCGCCACCGGAACUCUCAGUCAGCGUCUCCAUGGCUUAUGCUGGCCCAAGCCACCUGACUCUUCGCUGGCCCUGGAAAGCGACACGACACUGCAACACAUCACUGAGGAGGAUCUGGAAUGACUGACACUCAAAAUGACCAUUGUUUCCUUGGAAAUCGGCCC